UAGUGUUUUUAUAAAAAUUAAAUUGGUGCUCGUGAAUAUUUUCUUUUGAGAGAGGAGGGGCAGUAUACACAUCUUGCAUGAACGGGUUUGAAUUGACUGAAUAGUAAUUGUAUUGUAAUCAGUAAUUAUAGUUUGGUAAGGUGUCAGCUUAUAAUUCGAAACGAAUUUGGUAAAACGUUCGGUAGAAACAUUUUCGUCAUAAAUGCUGUUUGGUAAUCACCAUCGAUGCAGUAAUUUAUGAUUUACGAUAGAUGCCGCAAGCUACGAUGCAGUUAUUUAUAAUGGCACCGUUCCCGAUGAUCGAAAAUGCAACAACAAUGCUGUAGUUAGAAUGGAAUGACAAUAACCAAGAAUGCUGAAGGAAGUCUUAGCGCUGCGAUAAAAUACAAUACCUUAAAACAUCCUUACUCAUACGACACAUCAGCUUAAACUGUGAACAUCGAGUUGUUUCAUUGAAAAGGUGUAAAAUUCGAUCUAUAACGAUCAACAAUCAAGAAGAAUGUUGUUGAAAAUACUCUUGUGUUUCUGUCUUUUUCAAAUGGUUCAGUCUGGAGGAUGGAUAAAGAUUGCAUUUAAUAAAUGUGUUGGGGCCAGGUACAAUCAUUAUAGAGAGUUCACAUACCGCGGAUCAAGUAUGUUCAUCACUGCUAUGAAACUGGUGCACAGGAACGGCUGGAUUGGAUGCUCUCCUGGAAGUUACACACGUUGGGGAUGUUCAAUUGCAGGAAACUACGAAACAAAUAUGAUUGUCACAGAUACAAGAAACAUAGUCAUGUAUCCAUCUCCCACUUUGGUCACACUGCGCACGGGGGGCUGGUACGACCUGGCUGGCUAUUAUCGGAACUCGCCAAAGCUGGUAUUCUCAGACCCAGGACUCCGCUACUUGUACCGCGGCCAAAAAAUCAGAAUCUGGUACGGUGAAGAUCUUUUUAACUACAGAGAGAGCAACAAUCAUGGAUUCACAUGUAUGGAUGUUUAUGUCUACAAAUCAGAUUGUUAAUUCUUGCACAUUAAACUGAUUCUCGUAUUUUAUCAGCUCAUAUUACCUCAUUUUUUCAUUUAACUGAAUGUAUUUUAUAGUACAGUUAUAUACUGUAAUAUUUUAUCGUGUAAAUGUAAUUAUG